AUGAGAGUUUCUGCAAACAGCUUGCCGGCAUGGGUAAGUUUUGCAUAUUUUAUAAAAAAAAGUUAGUGAUAAUAAAAUUUUUUAAAAGAUUUUGAGCUUUUAGAGCCUUUAUACUUAAAUAGAACAUUUAUUUUCAAUUUUUAAAAAUAUUUUUAUGUUUUCAGUUUUUGAUCCAAACAUAAAAAUUUGAAUUUUAGAUAUGGCUCGACAUAAUAGAGUACCUCGAUAUGAUGGACGAUACUAUUUCUUUGGCUAUGGUUAACGAGUACUUUUACAGGAUUGUGGGUAUGGAUUUUAAAAAGAUAUGUUACGAGUAUGUAAUAUGUCGGCAGAAAGGCGAGACUUGGGCUUAUGCCUAUAAAAAGUAGGUUUAAAAAAAAAUAUACUGCUGGCAAUAAGUUUUGGGACACCCCAUAAGUUUGUACAUGAAAGAUUUUCAUAAAUUUUUACAUGGAGGUUGUAAUAAAGGUUUACAAUUGAUAUUAGUAAGAAAUUUGUCAAAAUCAAAAUUGACAUUUUGUUACUUGUAAAAAAAUAUUUUUGCUAUAAAAAUCUGGCAAAAAGUUUUGGGGCAUAGUAAUCUAUGUUGCGAUAAGGUCGAUAUAUUGGUGCAAACUACUUUAAAUAUUUGUUACGUUUUGUUAAGAAUACAACAUAACGGUCACUUUGAUUUUGUUUUGCUCCGUUUUAGGAUUCUGGAGUUUAACGUCAAGUGGGUCAGCUACAUCAAUAUCGGUAUUUUAAACUUGGUAAUUAUGAAUUAAAUUUAAUAUUUAGUUCAUAGUAAGUGGUGUAGAUACUUUUUUUACUUUGUGACAUUUUACAGUGACUUCAGAAGUAAGCACGUAAAUUGUUUUAGGUACCCUCACUGACUUUUACGUACCCGUAGCUUCUCAGUUUAUAAAAAGUAACAUAAAAAGCAAUGUUUAAUACAACUACUACACUAUUAUUAACAUAUUAAACCACAAUAAGUACUUGUAUUAUCCUUUUCUAGAUGGUUUGUUGACGGUUUUAUAUCAAAAAGACAAAAUGAUAAACAUAUUUUUUCAAAUAAUUUUUUAUGACUUAUAUACGGCUUAAAUUAGUUAAUUUAGACUUUAAAAAGCAUUUUACAUCUUAAAUGCCAUUAUUAAGACAAAAAAACAAUCACGCAUACCGUGGUCGUGCUGUAGUACUUGGAGCUAUGUACGAUGCACUGCAUUUUGAUAUAAAAUUGUCCAAAUAUUACCAUCUAGAAAAGAUUGAUACAAGUACUUAUUGUGGUUUAAUAUGUUAAUAAUAGUGUAGUAGUUGUAUUAAACAUUGCUUUUUAUGUUACUUUUUAUAAACUGAGAAGCUACGGGUACGUAAAAGUCAGUGAGGGUACCUAAAACAAUUUACGUGCUUACUUCUGAAGUCACUGUAAAAUGUCACAAAGUAAAAAAAGUAUCUACACCACUUACUAUGAACUAAAUAUUAAAUUUAAUUCAUAAUUACCAAGUUUAAAAUACCGAUAUUGAUGUAGCUGACCCACUUGACGUUAAACUCCAGAAUCCUAAAACGGAGCAAAACAAAAUCAAAGUGACCGUUAUGUUGUAUUCUUAACAAAACGUAACAAAUAUUUAAAGUAGUUUGCACCAAUAUAUCGACCUUAUCGCAACAUAGAUUACUAUGCCCCAAAACUUUUUGCCAGAUUUUUAUAGCAAAAAUAUUUUUUUACAAGUGUAACAAAAUGUCAAAUUUGAUUUUGACAAGUUUCUUACUAAUAUCAAUUGUAAACCUCUAUUACAGCCUCCAUGUAAAAAUUUAUGAAAAUUUGUCAUGUACAAACUGAGAUAUGGGGUGUCACAAAACUUAUUGCCAGCAGUAUAGAAAAAAUAAAAGUUAUCUAUAAAAGCAUUUGACAGAUAAUAGAAUUUUUCAUAUAAUAUUCAAAAUACAUAGUGUUUUUACUGACUUUGUACUCGUAUCGUUUUAGUGCUAGUACUAAUCUGAAUAAGACUAUGUAUGCCAAAAACAAUUUUCAUGAUGAACAUGCUGUUUGUUGUCCAUUCACAGGAAAAGUGGCCAUAAAGUUAGAUCACGGCUAUGUUAUACUAACCAACAUUGACUUUGGUUUAAAAGAGUUUACUAUUCUCGACUUUACUUCAUAUACAGACCAAAUUACUCAUGUUAAUAUGAUAAAUCGAGGGAAAGAGCUUUUGGUUCGUACUCCCUUUUUUACGUUAGUUUAUGACCUGUGUAUUAUGAAGGUAAUCCAAAAACAUGAUAUGGCACCGACACAUGCGUAUGGGCCAUACUGUCCUUCUCUUAAUUUCCAAAUUGUAAGAGAAGGCUAUGUUUUUGAUUUGUAUUCCAAAAAAGAGUUCAAAAUUGAUGCACAACCUCCGAAAGGCUGUAUUAAGUACAGCAACAUGUUUGACAAGUCAAAAUAUGUUGUAGUACACACAACAGACAACAAUCUUGUCGUAAUUGAUAGUGAGACAGAUAAAAGACACGACAUUUGUGAAUGGAGGCAAGGAAUGGAAGUAUAUGUCAUCAAUGAAAACGAUUCUCUGUUUAUUAAGGACCAAUUUUAUAACGGUAAGGUAAAUGAAAUUAUAUUAACCGCACUUACUGUUCGAAAAAAAUGCUUUGCUGAAUAGCCAGUACAGUAAGACAUACGGUAGGAAAGGAGGACUGAGAUUUUUAAAUUUUGUUUUGGAAUUUAACAAAUAGAACCACGUUCAACUUUUUCAAAAAACACUUUUUAAGGCAUUAAGGUAAAUAAAUAAUUAAAAAUAUUAUUAUGAUGUUAUAUAUCUUGUUUUAGACCGCGAAUUGAAGAUACAGAGAGCAAAAUGUGAAAUAUACAGUAUGAAAAGACAAACAUUUCAGCCUGUUGAAUCAGUUGAAGGAUAUUAUUGGGGUAUCUUUAAUUCUAGUACACUUUUUAACCGAAAAACACAAAAGGUAAGACUUGAUGAAUCCUAACAUGUUUCUAAAUUUGAUUGUUAAAAAGUAAAAUUUUGCAGUUUGUUGCUUAUGAAAAAUAAUUUUUAAUUUAUUUAGUUUUUGGUCUACAACAAACACAACUAUGAAUGGAUACAAGUACAAGCUAAACCCGAACUUCUAUUUUUUUAUAGGUGGAUUGAAUUCGGUCUCUUUUUGUAUCCAUUAUCUCCCUUCAAUAUGGUACUUUGUAAAUAUGGAAAUUUUGAUACUCUUGCCAGAAAUUCUUUCAUUCAGUUUAAAAAAAGUAAGUUCUGCAAGUAUUAAAAGCAGGACAAAUCAUGGUCAAAGUAUAGUAUCUUUUAGCUAAAGCAAGGAAAGGCCUAGCCAUAGCAAGGCUGGAAGUUUUCAAAGCAAGUCUAAUCCCAGCUAAAACAAGACAAUCCGCAAUCAAAAAAGAAAAUUUCCAGCCUAAUGAUAAAGUUAUGGAUAACACAUUUCAGAUGAUGUUCGUAUCAAACAUUUUAAAGCCAUAGUAAACCAUUGGCAUAUGUCGCGUGGACUAAAGGAUUUCAAAAUUCAAACCGAACAUCAAAUCGAGAAAUUAAUGAAAAUGAAGUUUCCUGUGCCAAAAGAAGCUUCGGCUGACUUUUACGAUUGGUUUGUUCAACUACACAUUGCCAAUGACAAUGUCCCUUUAAUCGACGCCAAAACUAGUGCCACAGAAUAUUUUAAUUUUUACUCAUUAAAGCCUCAAUGA